AUGCCGUCGCCAUCCGAGCCCUCGACGCCUGCCCGUCGCAUGAGCCGCUUUUCCGAGGACUUCACCACAGCCGUCACCUUUGGAUCCUCGCCCCGCUGCCGCCAGUUCCAGCCCCAACGCGAGCCAUUGGCACAUCGCCCCGAUCUGCGCUGCAUCGACCACAAGGUGAAUGGCCCGCUGAAGCAUCUGAACCCUACGAGGGCCCAUUACAACAUCGUUGGCGACGACGGGAAGAGCCGCCAUGCGCACCCGGGGCCCGGCAUCUCUUGGAAGUGGACCUCGAGAAACAACCGCAAAGGCCGCCAUGCACUGCAAGUCCGUGCCCUUCCUUCGUCCGCUGCUGAGCACCACUUGCCCGGGAGGACCAACCACCCCCCUCAGAUCCCGCACGGCGUCGCCCGCAUGCUGACCAGCUUCCCUGUCUGGGACAUCUCCUAUCUCACUGCUGUGACCUUCACCCUGGGCAGUGUAGUGUGGGUGCUCAACGCCUUCUUCGCCUUUCUCCCCCUCGUCCGACCGUCUUCCGAGUUUCAGCAUGAGAUUCUGUAUGGAGCCGGUAUCACAGCCUUCCUGGGCGCCACCAUUUUCGUCGUUGGCUCCGUUCUCUUGCUGCUGGAAGCAGUCAAUGAGGAUCGCGCCGGCUGUUUUGGCUGGGCUGUCGAGCGCUUGUUCCAAGACCAACAUUCCCCGAGCUCCAGCUUCCACAUGUCACAUCCAGAGACACAGCCCAACCUUGAGAAAGCCAGCGAAGAGCGCCUCGUCGUACGUGUCCUCCCCGAAAUCCCAUGCGGCCACCACCAUUCCGACAGGACGACCCUCAUCAAGUCCGCCACCCACCCUGGCGGCCCUCGCAAGUGGCGGUGGAUGCCUCGUCAGGACGAACUGCGCACCCACUACCUCCGCGAGCUGGGCUUCCUUGCUUCCCUCGUCCAAUUGGUCGCCGCCACGGUCUUCUGGAUAGCGGGUCUCACCUCUCUUCCGGGAAUCUACGACCACAUGUCCACUGGCCUGAGGGAUGGCGUGUACUGGACCCCGCAGCUCGUCGGGGGGCUGGGUUUCAUCCUCUCCGGCGCCCUUUUCAUGGUUGAGACACAGGUGACGUGGUGGAAGCCCGCGCCAUCCGUGCUCGGCUGGCACAUCGGCCUCUGGAAUCUGAUUGGCGGUGUCGGUUUCACGCUCUGUCCGGCCUUUGGCUACGACACUAGCAGCUGGGGCCAGUAUCAGGCGGCAUGUAGCACGUUUUGGGGAAGCUGGGCUUUCCUGAUUGGAAGCCUCGUCCAAUGGUACGAGAGCUUGGAUAAGCAUCCCGUGGAAUACAAGGAGGAUGAUGAAGACUAA